GAAGGAGACGCGCCAUGGAGCGCCUCGAGCAGAAGCAAGUCCGCGCUCCGCUCCGGUUGGGCAUCUUGCUCCGGCACCUGGUCCCCCACGCCGGAGUCACACCUUUCCCAACUUCAGCCCAGGUUGCUCCUGUGACAGGCCCAACGCAGUUCCGUUACACCUUGGAUAAUGACGUCCUAACUCUAGAGCAAAGACAAUUCUAUGAGGACAAUGGAUACCUUCUCAUCAAAAAUCUGGUGGCUGAUGAAGAUAUUGAGCGCUUCAGAGAGGAGUUUGUAAAGAUAUGCAGAAAGGACGUGAAAGUGCCUGCAAUGACCAUCAUGAAAGACAUCGCUAUUGCCAAGUCUGCACCCGAUGAGAAUACCGUUACAAAAUUGCAGGAUUUCAUAUUCAGCGAAGAGCUCUUCAGAUACUGCACCUUACCUCAGAUUGUAAAAUACGUCGAAUGCUUCACCGGCCCCGACAUCUUGGCUAUGCACACCAUGUUGAUCAAUAAACCCCCCGAUACAGGCAAGAAAACCUCUCGCCAUCCACUGCAUCAGGAUCUCCAUUACUUCCCCUUCCGGCCUGCCGACCGAAUCGUCUGCGCCUGGACCGCAAUGGAAAAGGUGGACCGGUCAAACGGAUGCCUAGUUGUCUUGCCAGGGACUCACAAGGGCUGCCUGAAGGAGCACAAGUACCCGGAGUGGGAGGGUGGUGUAAACAAGAUGUACCACGGGAUCUUUGACUAUGACAAGAGUCUUCCCAGGGUCCACGUCCCCAUGGAGAAAGGAGACACCCUCUUCUUCCACCCCCUGCUCAUUCACGGUUCCGGCAGAAACAGGACAGGAGGGUUUCGGAAGGCUAUUAGUUGCCAUUAUGCCAGUAGCGAUGGCUACUAUAUCGACGUCAAAGGGACCAGCCAGGAAAUUUUGGAGAAGGAAGUGGAAGAGAUUGUCAGGGAGAAGUAUAAUAUGGGUGACCUGGAUUUCAAAUACAUUUGGAUGAUGCGGAGUCGACUUGUUAAAGGGGAGAGAAAAAAUCUUUAAAACACUGCUCGGAUCCAUUCUCCAUUCAGCGAAGAAACCUCGGAGAAAUCAGCAUUUAUUUUUUUUCUUACUUUUUGGUGUGGGAAGGAUUGUUAUUUCAGACCACUGGGAAGGCUGUUUGCAUCUGGAAAGCAAUUCAAGGCUGCAAUUCUAGUCACAAAACUGGUUAGUUACAAUGAAUUACAGUGAACUUUAGUUCUGAGCAGAAAAAGAAAGAAUGGUUAGAAUUGAAGCUGCAAUUCUAUGCAAGCUUUUACUUAGAUUGUGCCUUUGUCGAUUAGAUUCAAAGAAUUUAAUCUGCUGUCCUAGUCUUCUUUAAUGAAAAGAAACCUUCAGCUGAGCUCAGGUGGACUUUGAACUAUACGUGCAUAGAAUUAUAUUUUCAAUUUAACAACUGUAACUGAUGUAUUUAAGUAAUUUCAAGUAAAUUGAGUUUUUGCAGUAUUUGGAAAAACCUCAAUAUCUCUUUAAACAGUGCCUCCUUUCUCGGAACUGGAGCGAUUUUAGAUUUUUCUUUGCAAGAAAAUCUUCUUUAUUUAGAAAGACAGCUAGAAGAUGACAUGAAAAAUGGAUUUGUUUUUUCCCUCUUGUUGUCUAGUUCCUCCUCAGAUAAAGUUUCUGAAAUAUUUCUUCCAAGGGAGACUUUUAAGAGGAGGAGCAAGGAAAACCUUGCCCUAACCGCUGAAGAGAUACAAUUGUGAUGCCAAAAUAAAAACAAUAAAGGACAAA